AUGACAUCAGUCGAUAUGGAAAUCGAUGAGCAGCCAACAAAUUCGACGACAUCAACAAGGCUGGCGCCAAUUGAAGAGGUGAAAUCGACUACAAAGCAAAGUAAACGAAUCGCAGCGCACAGUCAUGUAAAAGGUCUCGGUCUUGAUCCCGAAACGAAGGUCGCUUUAGAAAAAGGCGCCGGCUUCGUGGGACAGGUCGCCGCCCGAAACGCCGCAUCCGUUGUCGUCGACAUGAUUCGUUUAAAGAGUAUGGCGGGGCGGGCGGUGCUUCUCGCUGGACCACCGGGCACCGGAAAAACCGCCAUCGCAUUGGCGAUGUCGCAAGAGCUUGGCGACGGUGUCCCAUUUGUCCCAUUGGUGGCUAGUGAGGUCUUCUCGAGCGAAGUCAAGAAAACUGAGAUCCUCAUGCGCAAUUUUCGAAAAGCGAUUGGUCUUCGAGUCAAAGAGACGAAGGAUGUGUAUGAAGGCGAAGUGACGGAGUUGACGCCCGUCGAAACCUCGAAUUCGGCGUCGAAUGGACUUGCAAAAACGAUUUCGCAUCUGAUUCUGUCGCUCAAAACUGCCAAAGGAAGCAAACAGCUUAAGUUGGAUCCAAGCAUUUAUGAUUCGAUUCUCAAGCAGAGGGUCGAAGUUGGCGAUGUGAUCUAUAUUGAGGCCAAUUCUGGAGUCGUCAAGAGAGUGGGACGCUGUGACGUGUUCGCGUCGGAAUUCGACUUGGAGGCUGAUGAAUUCGUGCCGCUGCCGAAAGGAGACGUGAGAAAAUCGAAGGAUGUUGUUCAGGACGUGACGCUUCACGAUCUUGACCUCGCGAAUGCUCGGCCUCAGGGUCGCCAAGGCGACAUGAGCAGUUUACUUUCCCAGUUGAUGGCUCCGAAGAAGACCGAAGUCACCGAUCGCCUUCGCGCCGAGAUCAACAAAGUCGUCAAUGAGUAUAUCGAGAGCGGCGUCGCCGAGCUCAUGCCGGGCGUUUUGUUCAUCGACGAGGUGCACAUGCUCGACGCCGAAUGCUUCACCUAUCUGCACCGGGCGCUCGAAUCGCCGAUGAGUCCGAUUGUGGUGUUCGCGACGAAUCGCGGAAUGUCGACGGUUCGCGGUUUGGACAUCAAGAGUCCGCACGGAAUUCCGCAGGAGAUGCUCGAUCGCGUCCUCAUCAUUCCCACAUUGAAGUAUACACCGGAUGAAAUGAAAUAUAUUCUUGCUCUUCGCUCGGAAGCGGAACACGCGAAAUUCGAUGCGGAUGCGCUGGAGACGAUCACAAAAGCUGCGGCUGAGCGAUCAUUGAGAUAUGCUUUGCAAAUUAUUGCACCUGCGAAACUUGCAGCGCAAUGCUACGGUCGAGAAACGAUUACGAAGGCUGACGUUGAUCGCUGCUUGGAAUUGUUCAUGGAUCGCUCCGAAUCGACAAAGAAAGCGGCGGAAUUGAAGGCGCAGAAGUCGAAAUGA